AUGAGCACCAAGCUGGGGGAGCCUCUCCCGCCAGGAGACGACCAUGCUGUCAGCGUAUCGCUUCCGAAAUGGAGCGACACAGUGGGCUGGGCUAGCCGAGACCCAGGCGUGCUUUCACGGCUUCAGGCUGGGUAUCCCCGGUUCUAUGUGCCCCAUAUCGUCCGGGAUCUGGCAGACAACUUACUCAAAUGGGCUGCGGCGACUCCUCUCCGUGGUUCUGGCAAACAGGGGCACGUCGCUGGUGGUCAGGCCGCAAUGCUGUUUCCGAGCCAAAGAAUGGCCGAGGCUUGCCAACGAUACUUGGAGAAACGUGACGAGAACAACGUCCGCGAGCAUGGGCCGAUUGCGGUCAUUCAUGUCAGCUUCGACGGCCGGGCAACGGGAAUUGACAGUUCAAUGACAUGCCCUCCAAGCCCUGGCCAGGACGUCUUCGUGGCCAUGUAUCCCGACCAAUUGGGGCCCGAGGCAAAGGCGUUCUGGCAGCAUACCGGCUUCGGUAUCUCGAGUCGAUUCGCUGCCUUUUGGUUAAAGAACGCGCCAUUUCUUCGACAGCAGGGCGAUGAAGCCGGUGACGGCGCCAUCUCUCUUCGCCAGCGCAUCGCAGGCCUUUAUUCCACGGCGCCCAAUAAUGUGGGUGUAAGUGAUGUGUACCUCUAUCCCACGGGCAUGUCCGCCAUGGCCCACACGGCAUUGGCUUUGCAAAGUCUCGGUAGCCAUGCGUCCGAAAGAUAUCGAGUAGCCGUGUUUGGGUUCCUGUACGUCGAUACCUUCAAGGUCCUCAGCAAAGUCCAUGGCUUCGACUGCGUGCUGUAUGGCCACGCCUCAUCCUCUGACAUGGAUACGCUCGAGAAAGACCUACAGUCUGGCGUGCAUUUUGAUGCACUCUAUACAGAGUUUCCCGGAAAUCCCCUGCUCGGCUCGUUGGACCUCGACCGCCUGUACGCUUUAGCCAAGAAGUAUGGCUUCCUCGUGGUAGUCGACGAUACCAUCGGGACCUCGGUCAACUUGAACCUGGCGCCGCUGUGCGACGUCCUCUGCACGAGCUUGACCAAGAUGUUCAGCGGAGCCUGCAAUGUCAUGGGCGGCAGUGCGGUGCUGAGCCCGCAGUCGAGGCAUCACGAGAAGCUGCGCACGACGUUUUCCAAUGCCUACCUGGACACGUACUUUCCCCUCGAUGUGGUUGUCAUGGACAAGAAUAGUGCAGAUUUCUCGAGCCGCGUCCUUUCGGCGAGCCGGAACGCAGAGCGUAUCGCAGAGCGGUUGCGCGGGCAUCGAGCUGUCGAGAAUGUCUUCUACCCCAAGGGCAGCCCGACACAGCACCUUUACGACCGGUAUAAGCGAGCCAGAGGCGAGUACGGAUACCUGCUGUCGAUCCGGUUCGUGAAGCCGGCGGCGGCAAUAGCCUUUCAUGAUGCCCUGGAUGUGGCCAAGGGUCCGAGCCUGGGGACGAACUUUACGCUCUGUUGCGCGUAUACCUUACUCGCUCACUAUUCGGAGCUCGAAUGGGCUGCCAAAUACGGCGUGGUCGAGCACCUCGUCCGCAUCAGCGUGGGCAUCGAGGAGUCGGGCACCUUGGAGGGACUCGUAGUAAAGGCCCUUUCUGCGGCCGAGGAGCUUUGUUAA